UACGCAUUUAUGUGGACACAGAGCAUCGGAACUAGGUUAAUCUACUUUCUCCAAGCGGUAAGGAAAGUGUGAGCGCGGAGUGCGAGACUUGACGGUGUGCAGUUCACAACGAAUUUGUGUUAAUUCAUUCAAUCUUUUGACGAUGGCUUCAAAACCAGGUGUGCUGACCAGGGAUGUGCUGCAGAAAUUCAAAAAGACGUUUCUGGCCGACGAGAAAAACCUCCUGGCCCAAAACGUGUGCACCAACAAAGACCCUUUCGAGCUGGCCCUCAGUCGGAAGGUGGUCGAAGAGACCCAGCAUGUUUUCAACACAAAGAUUGAAUUAGAGGGCAAACCCCUAACAAACCAAAAAAGUUCCGGACGCUGUUGGCUGUUUGCGGCUUUAAACGUGAUCAGGCUGCCCGUUAUGAAGCAUUUCAACAUCGAAGACUUCGAGUUUUCCCAGGGAUAUUUGUUCUACUGGGACAAAAUCGAGCGAUGCAACUUCUUCUUAAACAACAUUGUGCAGACUGCGAAAGCCAACGAGGCUGUAGAUAGCCGACUGGUGUCCUUUUUACUCUAUGAUCCAACCUGCGAUGGAGGCCAGUGGGACAUGAUAGUCAACCUUAUCAAUAAGCAUGGUUUAAUGCCAAAGAAAAACUUCCCUGAAUCGUACAGCUGCGAAGCCAGCGCUAGAAUGAACCAAGUGCUCAAGAGCAAAUUACGUGAAUAUGCCAAAGCUAUAAGGGACCUGAUUCAACAAGGAGCCAGCGAUGGAGAGGUGGAGAGCCUCCGAGAGAAACAAAUGGCCAGUAUCUACAGAAUCGUCGGAAUCUGCUUAGGUAUUCCCAAUGACACCUUCACGUGGAACUACUACGACAAGAAUAAGGCUUUUCACAGUAUAGGUCCUUUGACUCCAAAGGAGUUCUACGAGGUACAUGUGAAGCCGCUGUUCAACGUAGACGAUAAGGUGUGCCUGGUGACCGACCCUCGUGAAACCAAUAGUUACGGCAAAGCGUACACAGUGCACUGCUUAGGCAACAUGGUAGGCGGCAGGCGAUGCAUCUACAACAAUCAACCGGUGGAAUUGUUGCUGGAUCUAACCGCGCAAAGCAUCAAGGAGGGCGAAGCCGUGUGGUUUGGUUGCGAGGUCAGCAAGAGAAUCGCUGGCAAGCUGGGCAUCCAAGACUUGAACAUACACAACUUUCCGCUAAUCUUCGGCGAAGACAUUCACAUCACCAUGAGCAAAGGGGACCGUUUGCUCUAUGGUGAAAGUGCCAUGACUCAUGCCAUGGUGUUCACAGCAGUCCAUACCGAUGAGAACGGCAAGGUGGAGAAAUUGCGCGUGGAAAACUCAUGGGGGGAAGAACGCGGCGAAAAGGGAUACCUGCUAAUGACCGCCGAUUGGUUCAAAGAAUUCACCUUUGAAGUGGUGGUGGACAAGAAGUUUGUUUCCAAAGAGGUGCUAGACGUUUUCGAGCAGGAACCCAUUGUGUUGCCUGCUUGGGACCCAAUGGGAACUUUGGCUUCUUAGUUUUUUCGCUCAAAAAGACCUUCAAACUGCAUUGAUAUUACCAGUAAAGUGCGUUUUAUGUUGAGGCAUCUCGAAUGUAUGUUUGUCGUUUAAUCGAGCUCACAUAGCAACCUUACUCAAGGCUUGCUUAAUGUGCAGCUUCGUCUAUUUUAUAUAUAUAUAUAUGUUUAGUUACCAUUCAACCAAUUCUACGUUGCUUGCCAUAAUGGGAUUAAAGUAAAUUUGAUCUGGAUUGUGUGAAAACAACCUUAUUUUAUAUUGAUUCAGGUUUGACUGUGUUGACUCGUCGUUGCACUUUUGUGUGCUCAAAAUCAUAUAUCUUAUGUACAUUGUAUUGACUACAUAUUUUAUAUCCCAAAAA